AUGCUAUUUUAUUCUUUUUUCAAAUCAUUGGUUGGAAAAGAUGUGGUGGUGGAGCUGAAAAAUGAUCUGAGUAUUUGCGGUACAUUACAUUCUGUUGAUCAGUACCUAAAUAUGAAACUGACGGAUAUCUCAGUGACUGAUUCGGAGCGAUAUCCGCAUAUGCUUUCCGUCAAAAACUGCUUCAUUCGUGGAUCUGUUGUACGAUAUGUGCAGUUGCCUGCUGAUCAAGUGGAUACUCAGCUACUGCAGGAUGCAAGUAGGAAAGAAGUUAUGCAAGCCAAAAGAACCGCUACCGCCUAA